AUUUCGGCUGCCAGUGUCGUUUGAAACUCGUCUCUGAGCGGUCGCGUUCGGUGGUGGCUCUUGUUCGUCUACGUGUGAAUUCUCAUGUGUCUACCUCAGGGCACAUUUGCAUACCCUAAAGGCAGUGCUAGAAAAGCGACAAUUGGAUCGACUGUUGCUACACGUCCGUUUCGCUCCUCUCCACCUCGAGAAAUCUUUACCCUUUACCUUCUCUGCUCGGCAGAGUCACACAUAAAUGGUGGUACGCUUUAAGCUCCAUCUCAUCCAGGACUCCCGCACCCAUGUCAAGGAGCCUUAUGACUUUCAUUUGAAACAACUUCAGUAUCAAAGCGCUCCUUGUUUUAUUGAUUGAUUUUUAUCAGAUUUUUCAUUUUGCCCAGUUUCAAUUCACGUCCAGUUUCCAGUUUGAUUUUUUGUUUGACCAACUUGUAAAAUCUCUUAUCGGUAUAUCAUUUGGUUCGGUGUUUCUUCUUUGAUUUUCGUAACAAAUAACUAUCCUAGGUCGUUUUUUUAAUCAAUCUUGCGUUUAGUAUACCUCCCUUGACAUUUUCUUUUGUCAUUUACUUUUGUUGUUUCGUCGGAAAAUGGUGUGCGGGAGUCCGUCGCGAGGGAGUCUUUUAGUUGUUUUUGUUGUUGUCGCCGUUGUUUUCCAUCCGGCCGUCUCGUCUUUGAAUGUGGACGACGGCUCGGGAGUCUAUUACGAGCGUUAUCCUUUACACGGUCCCAACAAACCCGAUAAUGAGCAAACCAAAUUACCUACCAACGUCUCCAACCGAAAUGAAUCGAUUGGAGAUCAAAGCCAAAAUAAUCUACCCGAUGACCAAGGAUUCUCCGUCAACUGCACGGAGCCGACCAUCCAGGAUUUCCCACCCGACAUGUUUACCCAAGAGCAGCGCCAAAAAGGCGGUGUCGUGGUACACUUUAUUCUGUGCAUCUACACCAUGUUGAUGAUUGGAGUUGUCAUCGACGAAUAUUUCGUCCCUUCGCUAGAAAUUAUCGCCGAAGUUUUGCAUAUGAGUCCCGAUGUGGCCGGAGCGACGAUCAUGGCCAUCGGAACAUCUUCGCCCGAGCUGUUCAUCAAUAUUGUGGGCACGUUCAUCACCCAAGGAGAUAUCGGAGUCGGGACAAUCGUCGGCUCGGCCGCGUUCAAUAUCCUGGCCGCUCCCGCCUGCUGCGGUCUAUUCACCGGCUUUGCUGUACCGCUGGAAUGGUGGCCACUUACACGCGAUUGCGCUAUCUACGGUUCGAUCGUUAUUGGACUGGCCGUGGUCGUAUCGGACAACAGAGUUUUCUGGUGGGAAGCCAUGAUAUUCGUCCUGUGCUAUGGCGUGUAUCUAGCAGUCAUGUUUUCGAACCGAACUUUGGAACGAUGGGCCAACGCGGUGGUUGCGCAAUUCAAAAAGUGUUGCGGCAAGACAAAUGAAGAUGAAACUAACAACAAGGAAAAGGAAGAACAAUUGGCCAUAAAAUCAGGCGACAUGGAGAAAUGCGCCACUAAAGAACAAAUGGAAAUGAAAGAUGCCGAUUCAUUGGAGAGCAGAGGCGGAUCUCCGGAACCCGGUGAACUUCCGAGUGUGGCUGUCGUCGAAGAAGUCGAAGCGGAUGGUCCGGUCAAGUUUUUCCAGUCACCGGAAGGCUCACUGUCGACCAAACUCUACUGGUACGUCAUGUGGCUGGGCAACUUGAUCUUUUUCUUGACGAUUCCGGACGUCCGCCGUGGCAAAGGAUGGCGCCGCUUGUAUCCGCUGGCUUUUUUCAUCUGCAUCCUUUGGAUUGGAACCUUGUCUUAUCUCGUCGCUUGGUUCAUCACCGUUAUCGGCUAUACGCUUGGAAUUCCGGACUCGGCCAUGGGUAUCACAUUCCUGGCUGCUGGCGGGAGCGUUCCGGAAGGAGUGGCUGCAGUCGUAGUAGCUCGCGCAGGCAAAGGUUCGAUGGGGAUAAGCAACUCAGUCGGCUCUAAUACUUUCGACAUCCUUAUCUGCAUGGGUCUGCCGUGGCUGAUAAAGGCGGCCGCCAUGCCCGAAUACCCCGCCGAAGGAAACUUCGUGGCUGUUAACUCUGGAGGAGUCGUUUACAGCGUCUUGAUGCUGUUCUGCACCAUUUUGGUUCUUUAUUUCGCCAUUGCCCUCAACAAAUUUGUUCUUGACAGAAAGAUUGGUGCAAUUUUACUCAUUUCCUACAUGGCUUUUCUCGUUCUGGCAGGCUGCUUCGAAAUGAAUGUCUUUAUGCAAGUUAAUGCACCUCCUUGUUGAGAGUAUAAUAGAUUAAAAUGCAGAAACUGAGAUUGUGUUUUAGGCACCCAAAUUACUGAUAUAUAUUUGCUUGUUGGGGUCACUUGGUUUAUUAAUGCAAUACACAAAUGAAAAGAAAA